GGUCUCAGCAGAGCAUUCUGCCGUUGUGUCCUUCAGCCAGACGCCAGGACAGAGACAUGCUCCAUCACAAGGCUCUCCAGGAGACCUGUGAUUGGUCAGGACGCUGCUUCCUCUGAAGCUGAACUAAACGUCUUUAAUGAUGAUGAUUCUAUCCGUGAGCUUCAAGAUGUUCAGCUGAAGUGGAUUUCCAUCAGUCUUGAGGACUUCCUGCUGAAGCUCAUCAGUACAGCAGUAAUCGAGUAAAGGAGCGUCUGCUGCACAUGUCCGUGUCCUUGGACGAGGCGUUGAUCUGAAGCGAUGUGACAGUGCUGUAGCUCAGAGGUCACCUGUGGAUUCUCGUGGAGAGAUGGUGGGCGUGGUGGCAUGUGGCUCUGUGAGCUCCAUCAAAGCUUUGUGGGAGACCCGAAUCAAGAAGAGGAAAGAGGAGCAGGAGCAGAGGAAGAAUGCCAGGGGAGGAGCCACAGACAGACUUGGUGUUCGAGUCUGGGAGGACCGAGUGGUUCUUGCUCGACUGAAGGAGAAACUUCAGACCAAAGAUGGGCGACUUGUCCUUCAAGUGGAAAAUGAGGAGUGGAAGUCUUUGCCAGGAUGUCUGGCCCAGCUGAGUCAGGUCCAAGAGUGGCAGAUCCACCGCGCCGGCCUGCUGAAGAUCCCUCAUUUCAUCUCCAGCUUCCAGAACCUUCUGGUCCUUGAUCUUUCUCGUAACACACUGUCUGAGAUCCCAGAGCAGAUUGGGAAACUGACCCGGCUCAGAGAACUGAUGCUGAGCUGCAACAGAAUCCAGUUUGUUCCUGCCGAGCUGAGUGGAUGUGAGAGUCUGGAGCGACUGGACCUGGCCAUGAAUCGGGACCUUAAUGAGCUCCCAGAUCAGCUGAGGAACCUGACCCGGCUGCAGCACCUGGAUCUGUCCAUGAACGACUUCAGCGUCCUGCCUGCAUGUGUGGUCUCGCUGCCGGCGCUCCGGUGGCUGGAUGUGGGCGGGAACCGUCUGCAGCAUCUACCUGAGGACAUCCACAGGAUGGAGAGUCUGCACACGCUGUGGCUGCAGAGGAACCAGCUGGAGAAGAUCCCGGAUAACAUCAGCAGGAUGGAGAGUCUGGACACGCUGGUCCUCAGCGGCAACAGGCUGAGGGACAUCCCAGCACUGAUGGAGGGCAUGUCCAACCUCAGGUUUGUGAAUUUCCGAGACAACCCUCUGGCUCUGGACUUGACUCUGUAUCCAAAGAUCCCAGCUGAGGACGGAGAAGACGAAGAGGACAGGGAAAUGUUUGGACGAGAGUUCAUGCAAAUGUACAUCCGGGUGAGCAGAGAGAGGGCGCAUGCUGCGCUGAACGAGCACCGAGUGACCCAGUAAGACGGUUCUGUGGAUGGAGAUGUGUCCUCAGUCUGAACUCAACCCCUGGUGUCCAAAAUCACAGCUCCAUCAGUCCCUAGUCCUCCCCAGCCUCCGUCAGGGAGGUAGCAGCACAUCUCCGAUCGCCGUGGAAGCAGGAGGGGUGCCACAACACGCCUGGGACAAUUACUGCACUAACUGAUGGGGAAUAAGUAGUUUAGAAAUGUUCCCACGGCCGACACGCCCCUGCAGCACCGCUGUAGUUCUGGUGCAACACGUGUGUUAUUGGUUUUAAUGAUGAAGGCACCGGAUACCUCCUGCUGUCAGGAUUUGAUCUAACGGAGCCUGCACUGGGCUGGGUUAGAAACCCGUCUAACAAUAAUAGAUCUGUAAAGUCUUCGACCACGUCCUCCGCUCUCCGUCGACCUCUCCCUUCUUCCAUGCUUGCAAAGUUCUGAUUGGCUUAAGUGAGUCUUGUAGCUGUGAUUGGUGUUCUGUUGUGUCCAGUAUUUUCAAUUACCCAGCGUGUUUGUAUGUUGAAUUGAUGUGUGAGUGGUGUGGUGUAAGCUAGAUGUUUAUCAGAGUCUUUGUAUCUGAAAGAAAUUGUGAAAUCUGGGAGUAAAAGAAUUAGUUGUCUGCUGUAAACUAGAGAGUUGAUUAUUAAUAAAACAGCUUCAGACACAA